AUGGGGGGAACUUUUUUCAUUUUUCUUGCAACAAUAACAAUUACUCAUGUGUCACUCCUACUAAACUCAGUCAUUGCACUGAAUCCAAACAAAGGGUUUAGUUUAAGGAUGAUCCAUAUAGACUCCAAAGAAUCACCUUUAUACCUAGGUGACCAUUUAACAUGGGACGAGAGGCUUCAAAGACUCGUUGAGCAAACCAGAGCUCGAGCGCGCUACAUUGAGUCACAAAUAUUACUGGAGAGCAAUGCAACACACUCCAUGAAUCCUGAUAUUGCACGAUUGCGUACAGUUUACGAAGCAGCAAUGUUUUACAUUGCAGAGGUUGGUUUAGGUAAUUUUCCUGGUAGUGAACCGCUAUACAUGAAUUACUAUUUGAUGAUUGAUUCAGGUAGUGUUUUUACGUGGCUUCAGUGCCAAGGUGCCGCUCCAACUUUCACACAAGAUAUGCCACUUUAUCCUUGGAACUUGUCAACUACAUUUCGUCCUGUAACUCCUGUUCCUUGUAACAAAGCUCUUUGCCCGUCAGGUCGGUGCAAUGAUUUUGGUCAAUGCACUUACGUAGCAGGCUAUGUCAGUGGACCAAUUUCAUCUGGUAUUGUUGCUAAAGAGAGGUUCACUCUAGGCUCCAGCACUGGUGCGGGUGCCCUCGAAACUAUGGAUUUAUACGUGGGUUGCGGUCUCCACCAAGAGAAUUUUGGUGUUGCGUUGGGUAAUAAUCAUAAAACUCGCCGCCGUGAUCUCAUUGCAGGAAUACUUGGUUUAGGGCGAGGCCCAUGGUCUUUUCUAAGUCAAAUGAGUUCUGCCGGACAAGGUAGAUUUUCCUACUGCUUCGAGCCGUCUAACCGAAAAAUCAAGGCAUCCAACACAUAUUUAAGGUUUGGUGCAGAUGCAACAACGGGAACCGCAGCUCGAAGAGUAGGUGAAACUCCUCUUGUGGAGCGGGGGAAAUCUCGUAAGACAUUCUAUUACUUAAAUCUAGAAGAUGUUAGUGUAGGUGACAAACCAGUAGGAUUUCCUAGAGGUACUUUCGAGCUUAGGAAUGAAGCAGAAGGUGGUACUAUGAUAGAUUCUGGUGCUCCACUAUCCUUGAUGUAUAGACCUUAUUUUAACAAAGUUGUAGAUUUGGUGAGGGCACAUUUUGAGAACCUCAAAGUUGAAUACAUUGGUCGCAUAGGAGUUGCCGAUGCUUGUUUCCAUGGAGAAUUUGAUAGUUACAACUAUCCUCCUAUAACACUUCAUUUUCAAAACGCAAACUAUGUUAUUUCAGAUCAUAGAGCUAAUUUUAUUAGAAUAAAUGCUAACUACUUUUGUUUCGCGUAUUUCGCCAGAGAGAGUAAGAGGCCAGCUUUUAAGUUAGGAGCAUUGCAACAAAUAAACAAACGGAUUGUGUAUGAUACCAUGGAUGAGAGGCUCUCCUUCCGUGAUGAGGAUUGCAGAUUAGAUCCAUCAAACUAG